UUUAAUAAACAAAUUAAAUUUAAAAAAUUUUUAAAUGGAGAAACUGCAAUUUCGUAAUUUGACGACCAUUUGUAUUUGACUUUAAGUAAGGGCGCUUGCGGUGGGGACUGGGGAGUGACCUUAGCCCUUAGGGGUAGGGCUCCGUGUUAAGGGUGGGAAAAGGUGGGGCGGUCGGCGGGGGCCGCUAGGGGGCGACUGACGCUAAGGGCCAGCAGGGCGGCGUCUCAGGGCCUUUAUUGAUUUUAUUAUCGCCUUUCAACGAAAACAACCCCCGGCGGCUCUUCCUGGUCACCUAGUCUGGUGGUGCGCGCCUCGUCCGCGCCCGUUGUCUCAAGAUCGGCGGCGAUGAUCCGGCUCGACCACUUUCUCGGCCGGCACGACGACGUCCAGCUCCAGGACGGAGACGUCAACCUCAGCGAGAUAUGCAGACUCUGCAGAAACUCGAAGGGUGUCAUGUCCUACAUAUUUAGCAACUCGGGGGUCGACAAUUCUCUGCCCCUCUCUCAGAGGAUAAUGAGCUUCAUCAACAUCGACGUAUGUAUCAGCAGCAUGGGGGUCAAUUUUUAUGAUAUGCCUUCUUAUUUAGUUUAUGCAGCAUUUGCACGGAGGUUAUAACUCUCAACUUCCUCUCCUCCCUGUCUUCUACUUAACAGUCGAGAGUUGACAAGUAUGCCAACCGACCUUCCAACUCCAUUUGCAAAAGAGACUGACGGAAAUAAUAUGCAUGAAGGUGAUGGCCUUCCAUCAUUGAUUUGUCACCGGUGUCUGUACCAUGUUGAACAGAUAAACGAAUUCAAGAUUCAGUGUGAGCAAUCGGACGCGCUUCUUCGGCAGAUCGUGUCAUAUCAUGGUGUUAAAACGUUCAAAGACAUCUCAAUGUUAGAAAGACAAUGCAAUGGCGUCAAUGAAAAUGACUAUUCAGAAGAAGAGUACUGUAUAAAAAAGGAGAAAACUAGUGACAACGAGGAGGAAAUCAAUGGAGAUGAAAAUGAAACAAAAUCGGACGAUGGUGUUAACAAUUGUCCGACAUGCAAUAAGCAUUUUGACGAUGAGAAAAAAUUAGAAAGGCACCAACUUAUUCACUCACAAGAUGGUCCCUUUCCUUGUGAUUAUUGUGAAAUGUCUAUGUCAGACAAAGCCGAAUUGCGACUUCAUUGGAGACAGGAACAUGCUGGAAGCAAUUGUCACAUGUGUCAAACUUGCGGUGAGUCGUUUGUGAAUAGGGAACAUCUGCUCAAACAUCACCUUAGGCAUGACAAAGUGAAGCCCUAUCGGUGUUCGGAGCCUUCCUGCAAGAAAGCUUUUUCAUACAGAUCUGACUUGAGAAAACAUUUAGUAAUACAUACAGGUUUACGACCUUACGUUUGUCCAAUUUGUUUUAAAGCUUUCACAAGGAGCACAAAUUUGAACAAACACGCCCGAGUGCAUUCGGGGCGGAGGCCGUUCUCAUGUGGUGAGUGUGAUAAAAUGUUCGCAACGAGGGGUGAUCUAAUCAGGCACUCUUUUAUACACACAGGGGUCAAACCUUACUCCUGUCCGAUCUGUUGUUUAUCUUUCAAUCGGAAAGAUAAGUUGACCAGGCAUGAAAAAUUGCAUAAAGAACAGAGGGCCCAUAUGUGCAAUAUAUGCCCUACAUCGUUCAACAGGAAAGAAGAACUCACGAAGCACAUUCAGUUCCAUCACUUUCUACCUCCUUCCUCUUAUGAAGAGGAUUCAACCGAGACCGGUUCUCAACGUGAAAAUGAAAAAUAUUCAGAUGAGAAUGGUGGUGAUCAUUUAGAGUUUCCUGAGAGAGUGAGUGAAGACACUGAAGAUGUCGUUAUUAAUGUAGAUCCUUUGAACUGGACAGAAACAAAACACCAGUGUCAGAUGUGUGACAGGUCGUUUAAAACAAUUGAGGACUUGACAAAGCACAAAGCAAGCCAUGAAAAAAGCCGGAACUUCAUCUGCGAAAUCUGCUUCAAAGGUUUCCACCAGAGGAGGGAGCUUGUGCGGCAUUCGCUCACGCAUACCGGUUUCAAGCCGUUCUCGUGCGAAACGUGUGGUAAGGCGUUCUCGAGGCGCGAUAAGCUCACGAGGCACAUGAGAACCCAUAUAAUGCCAAAAAGGACAUCGAAGGCCAUCUACAAAGAGCCUCCGACUUGUGAAAUUUGUUUGAAAGUCCUCUCCUCACCUCAUGAAUUGUCAAGGCACAUUCUCACCCAUUCGUUUUUCAAGCCGUACCAGUGCAAUUACUGCACAUCUUCGUACUGCAGAAAAGAUAAACUUGUCAAACAUAUUAGAAACAUUCAUUCUGAACAAAUCCCAGAAAAUGAGAUUAAAAACAUCAGCCCUUAAGAUUUUCUCUAUCUUCUAAGAUUUAUUAUGGUGUUCAAUGUUUUUGAGCUUAUCUUUGAGUAAAAAAAAAAAAAGGAAAAAUCCUGUACUUUAUUAAAAAUUCUUCUUCAGAUAA